AUGAAGAAGGAGAGUAUGAAAUGUUCAUAUCUACUUAGCAGGGCCUUCACGCCCUCUCCACCUGUUCAGGUUGAAGAACAGGAAGAUAAAGUGCAGGACACUUUGAGUGACCGGGCAGCCAAAGUCAUCCAAAGAGCAUGGAGGAAACAUGCUAACAUUGUUGUUUUCAAAUACUUCAAGAAUCUGGUGAACUUCAGGAAUCAAGGUGAUCCACGUCUCCUGCUCAAAUAUAUAAACCCCAGAGAGGCUGAUAUUUUGGAUGCUGCUGCAGGAGUCUACCUUCGCUUCCGACUCGGUGGAACCAGUUUUCCUCCAAACAUCUACUAUAAAAUCUUCACACACCGGCCGAUCGUGGACCUGUGUGCCAACAGCCCCAAAGACUACACUCACCCCGGGCAGAAGAGAGCCGUCGCACAGCAGGUCCAUAACGGAGUCCCGCUGGUUCAGGAUGACCGCUCGGGCUGGUACCGGCGGGUGGAGAACAACGGCUGGAGGCUGCUCUCUGGCAAGAUUUGCCUUCAUGGAGACCCCAUUACUCAAGACACGAGCUGCAAAAGGACAGAAUUCCACCACUGCAAACUAGUCCGCCGGCAAGACGCCGAGAGAAAGAGGAAGAUUCGGAAAAUUGAGUGGAUGAAAAAAAUGUAUGAUGAAGGGGCUGUGCAUGCUCACACUGAUCACGGAGACACCGGCAUGCUGUUGGUCGAGCAGCUCGAACCCGGCACCGUCGUAGACCGGGAGGUAGACGAGCUGUUCGAGUGGACCCAGGCCCUCAACUUUGAUGAGUAUAUAAAUGAAUGGAAGCUUGUGGGUACGAGUAAAUCUUCAAUGCUUCGGGAAGAUAAUCUCUCAUCACACGUCUCUCAGGAGUUCUCCGAGCUCAGAGAGGACACCCUCCUGGCUCAUGUCUUCAGUCUGAAUCAAUCAGAAUACACAGGAGGUGUCGUCUGAGAGCUUCACUCUGUGAGCCACAAGAGAGCACAUUGUUUUUUGCUGCAGAUUUUUACACAUAAUUUAUAUGCAUUUAUUUAUGUUGAUGUAUUUAUUUUGUAUUUUGGUGGUAGUUCAAGUGGUUAAGGCUCUGGAUUGUUGAUCAGAAGGUUCAGGGUUCAAGCCCCAGCACCACCAAGCUGCCCCCAGUGGGCCCUUAAGCAAGGUCCACAACCCUCCUCCUGCUCCGGCUGACCCUGCACUCUGACCCCAACCCUUCAAGGAUAGGAUAUGCAAAGAAAGAAUUGUGCAGUAAUGUAUAUGUGACAAAUAAAGGCGUAAAAUAUAUUCUUUUUACAGUCCAGUACACUGUAUAAGCUACAGGAUGUUAAUGUGUUCAGCAGUGUUAAUGUGCACAAACACAAGACAGCCAUAUAGUGAUCACUAUUGUUUACUGACAGCCAGUCACUGCUCACUAUUGUUCACUACAACCAAUCACUGAGCACCAUGGUCCACUGACAGCCAAUCACUGCUCACUAUUGUUUACUUCAACCAAUCAAUGACCACUAUUGAUAACUGACAACCAAUCACUGAUCACUAUUGUUCACUGACAGCCAAUCACUGCUCACUAUUGUUUACUACAACCAAUUACUGAUCACUAUUGAUCACUACAACCAAUCACUGAUCACUAUUGAACACUAGAACCAAUCACUGAUCACUAUUGAACACUACAACCAAUUAC